AGUUCUUCCAAGGUCCCUAAAUGACAAGUAUAGUUACACUGAUAACUGAAUCAUUUUCCACCCACUACGUAUCUUUGUCAAACAUCUGUGAUAAAAUUUACAGCAAUUUCUGUCACGUACGGAUAUUGAUAUGUAAGAAUGUACAUCACAUGACUAAAAACGUUUAAAAAAAAUUUAUUGUGAAUGGAAAAUUUCACUAUAUCGAAUCAAGAAGUUCCUUAACCUCUACUGUUAUUGGAUAUACAUCAUUGGAAAAUGGAGUAACAAUUUUAAAACGACCAAAAAAUUCAAUCCUGCUCGUCAAUGUAUUCUAUUGGAAUAAGUAAGGAUAAUAACGAACCCAAUAUACUAGAAAUGGGAAAGAGCACAAUACAGAGUCGUGAUCAUCAUUCAAUGAAAUUGAAGUAUUUAAUCAAUCGAUACGUAAUUCCAAUCAAAAUUUCACUUACAAAUAAAGAUGACUUUAUUGACGUCGUAUUCCAACUUCUAUACUAAACAAUAUGUUUGCGUAUCAAACUCUAGCUUCAUUUGGUAGAUUAACAUAGCUGAUUGAGAUUAAAAUACUUAUUACCAUAAAUAUCAACUGAAAAGAAAAUAAAAGAAUUGAUAUGUGCAGAAGGUCUGAUCAAGAAGUCAUAGAAAUAGAAAUGACAACAGUGUCUUAUACUCUCAUAAUGACAUACAUUUAAUCCUGAAUUUAUUAAUCUGGAUAAGAUUUUUAUCGAGCUGUUAUAUCUUGUUAAGCUAUGGUCAAGUGAAUGGCUCAAAGUUUCAAAUAAUAUAAUUUCUAUCAAAUCAAUGCCAUGGAGAAAUUCCCAUUGAAGGGUUCACCGUUGAAUGUUUCUGCUCAUACAACUGCUGGCACGACUUACAACUCAGUAGCCGUUGCUCAGACCAGUAAUGGUCUAGAAGGUAGUGGUGAUACCCGUUUACGGAACAGUGCUUAUGGUCGUGGAGGAAGUUUGAGCAGCGACGACGACAUGGUGGAAACUAAUCAACAAGUUAGUCCGAACGAGGCGAAUAAUGCUUAUCUAGAACGAAGUUUACGCCUUGAUGAUGCAUCAUCACACUUUUCAGCUGAUGAUAUUCCUGGAAUCGGUCAGUAUGAAGAUUUUCAUACAAUUGAUUGGCAGAGAGAUAUUGCAAGAGAUCGUAUGAGACAUCGGUAUAUUGUUAAAAGAAAAAAUGAUUCUAUUUGGGAUCUUGUGAAAGGAGCACAUGAUGCUUGGUCGGGAUGGUUGUGUGUUCUUCUUGUUGGAUUGUUUACUGGUGUGGCAGCUGGUGUGAUAGAUAUUGGAGCAUCUUGGAUGACGGAUCUCAAGUUUGGAAUUUGUCCUGAGGCUUUUUGGUUAAAUAAGGAGCAAUGUUGUUGGAGCUAUAGUGAUUCAAUAUUUGAUGAUGGCAAUUGUUCUCAGUGGAUGCAGUGGUCUGAUAUAUUUGGCCAAUCAAAAACUGGAGUAGGACAUGCUAUAGUCUCUUAUAUUUUUUAUAUUGCAUGGGCUUUACUUUUUGCCUCAUUAUCUGCAUCAUUAGUAAGAAUGUUUGCUCCUUAUGCUUGUGGUUCUGGUAUUCCUGAGAUAAAAACUAUUCUCAGUGGAUUUAUUAUUCGAGGCUACUUAGGAAAAUGGACUUUGAUUAUCAAAUCAGUAGGUUUAAUGCUCUCAGUAUCAGCAGGUCUAAGUUUGGGUAAAGAAGGGCCAAUGGUACAUAUUGCUUGCUGUAUCGGAAACAUUUUCUCAUAUUUGUUUCCGAAAUAUGGAAGAAAUGAAGCAAAAAAACGUGAAAUCUUAUCUGCUGCUGCAGCUGCUGGAGUUUCAGUUGCUUUUGGAGCACCAAUUGGUGGUGUUUUGUUCAGUCUUGAAGAAGUCAGUUAUUAUUUCCCUUUGAAAACUUUAUGGCGAUCAUUCUUUUGUGCCUUGAUAGCAGCAUUCGUUUUACGAUCAAUUAAUCCAUUUGGCAAUGAACAUUCGGUACUAUUUUACGUUGAAUACAACAAACCAUGGAUAUUUUUCGAACUGAUCCCAUUUGUUAUGCUUGGUAUUAUUGGAGGCAUUAUAGCAACUCUCUUCAUUAAAGCCAAUUUAUUCUGGUGCCGCUAUCGAAAAACUUCAAAGCUUGGUCAAUAUCCAGUAACGGAAGUAUUAGUAGUUACUGUUAUCACAGCUGUAAUUGCCUAUCCUAACCCAUAUACGCAAAUGAGCACGAGUCAAUUGAUUUAUUUGCUAUUCCGAAAAUGUGGUGUUUCAAAUAAUGAUAUGCUUUGUGAUUAUCAACGAAAUUUUACGAAUUUUAAUUCAACAAUUGAAACCGCUGGAGCCGAACCCGGCGUUUAUAAAGCAGUAUGGCUUUUAGUACUGACAUUGGUAAUGAAACUAGUCAUGACGAUAUUUACAUUUGGUAUUAAAGUACCGUGUGGAUUGUUCAUACCGUCACUUUGUCUUGGAGCAAUUGUUGGAAGAAUAGUCGGUAUUGGAAUGGAGCAGCUAGCAUAUAAUUAUCCGCACAUUUGGAUGUUUAGUGAAGAGUGUACUGUUGGUACUGAUUGUAUAACACCUGGUUUGUACGCUAUGGUUGGUGCAGCAGCUGUUUUGGGUGGUGUUACAAGAAUGACAGUGUCUCUUGUUGUAAUCAUGUUUGAAUUGACUGGUGGAGUGAGAUACAUUGUUCCACUGAUGGCAGCUGCUAUGGCGAGUAAAUGGGUUGGAGAUGCACUUGGAAAAGAAGGUAUUUAUGACGCGCACAUAGGGCUCAAUGGAUAUCCGUUCUUAGACAGCAAAGAGGAAUUUCAACAUACAACUUUAGCUGCUGAUGUAAUGCAACCAAAACGCAAUGAAACACUUCACGUCCUUACACAAGACUCAAUGACGAUAGAGGAUGUGGAGAAUUUGUUAAAAGAAACCGAACACAACGGAUAUCCGGUGAUAGUAUCAAAGGAAUCGCAGUAUUUAGUGGGAUUUGUUUCACGACGAGAUUUGAACUUAGCUAUAGCAAAUGCAAAAAAAGUAAUGGAAGGUAUCACUAGUCAGUCAUUGGUCAUUUUUACUGGCGGAAACAAUUUGCCUAUGCAAGGACCACCACCAUUAAAAUUGAAAAAGAUAUUAGAUAUGGCACCUAUCACCAUCACCGAUCAAACUCCAAUGGAAACGGUCGUUGAUAUGUUUAGGAAAUUAGGUUUACGACAAACUCUCGUGACUCACAAUGGCCGAUUACUUGCUGUAAUCACGAAAAAAGAUGUUCUAAGACAUAUAAAACAAUUAGAUAAUGAAGAUCCAAAUUCGGUUUUAUUUAAUUAAACUUAAGAAGAAUCCAGCAUCUUACCAUUAAUUCGUAAACAAAAUUCAUUUAUCUUAUUCAAUCGUCUUUUUUUAAUAUUACUUUUUCAAACGAACUUCCUCCUCCGACUAUAUUUAUUUUUAGUGAAUAAUGGGAAUUUAUCAUUCAAUAAUUAUAUAUACAUAUUAUAUAGUAUUGUUAUUUUUUCACUUUUAAAGUAUUUAGAGAUUAUUUAUUCACAUGGAAAGUAACUAAUUUUAAUUAUACAUAUUUUCUCAGUAAUCAUACAAACUGAUAUGUCGUCCGAUCUGAUUAUUUGUUGGAAACUAAUUAAUGGUGAUAAUGAUGAUAUUUAUUAUAAUUAUUUUAAAAAAAUUAAUGAAGCUAUAAUUCAGAUAAGUUGUAGAAAAUGGAACAAAUUGCCACCAAGAUUUCAUUAAUCAUGUUAUUAUUAAUUUAUUAUGAUAAGGGAAUAUUAAAUAUUCUAUUAUAAUUGUAAUAAUUUGAAAUUGUAAAUAAUUAAAAAUAUGAAAUAACGAUGUAUGUUCAAUUAACAAGAUUAAUAUUAAGAAGAUAUUAUUUCUGCAAUUUUUAAUAAAUUAUAAAAAAAACAUAUUUAGGUCAAAAAUGA